CUUUAUCUUAGCCAUCUCUUCUUUACAAUACACAACCUUUGCACAUUCCACCCGAACUGCUCAAAUGGGCCGGCCAGCAACACAUCGGCAAUGACGUCGCUCAGAACAGGCCCGGCCACUGCGGGCCUGCACCGCCUCUACAUUCCCGCCGUGUGCGCGCUGAUCGCCUUCCUCGGCUACUACUCGCAAUACCUGUUCAACACCGACCCGGAUCUGGCCCCGGGCCCGCUCACCCGCCGCGAGACCCUGACCUUCAACGGCCUCAUUGCCUGCGUCUGGCUAACCUACUACCGCGCCUGCACCGUCGACCCGGGCCGAUACCGCUUCCCGCGAUCGGAACAGCAGCAACAACAACAACAUCAUCAUCAUCAUCAACCUACCCCCGAGGCCGACCCCCGAGGCCCGCACCCUCUCCUCCGCCCGACCCGCUUCUGCAAGAAGUGCGAUGCCCCCAAGCCCCUCCGCGCCCACCACUGCCGCCACUGCGGCCGCUGCAUCCCCAAGAUGGACCACCACUGCCCCUGGACGGGCACCUGCGUGUCGCUGCAGACGUUCCCCUACUUCUUGCGCUUCCAGCUCUACGCCAACGUCGCGCUGUGGUACCUGGGCGCGCUGCUCUGGCGCCGCGCCGCCGCCGUCUGGGCCGACCGCCGCCUGCCCGCCUACCUGGGCCCGUCGCUGGCCAGCCUGGCCGGCCUGACCGUCCUGACCCUCGCCGACGCCGCCACCGCCCUGCCCCUCGGCCUGCUCCUCGUCACCACCGUCCGCGGCUGGGUCUUCAACACCACCCUGAUCGAGGACUGGGAGGUGGAGCGCCACGAGGCCCUCGUGUCGCGCAUGGUGGCCGCCGCCUCCGACGGGGACACCGACCCCGCCUCCUCCUCCUCCUCCUCCUCCCUCUCCUUCUGGGCCGACGACGACGCCGCCGUGCGCGACGCCCUCGCCCGCGUCGAGUUCCCCUACGACCUGGGCGUGUUUGCCAACAUGGCCCAGGCCAUGGGCACCCGCAACGUGCUGAGGUGGUUCUUGCCCGUCUUUGGGGGCGGGCCCGUCGUCAACAACGAGACCCCCGGCAAGGGCGUCGGCUGGGAGUGGGAGGAGAACGGGUUCAACGACCUCCCCGGCCUGUGGCCGCCCCCCGAUCCGGAAAAGAUGAGGCAGGCGAGGCGCGGCCCCUGGCCGGGCGCGGCCGCCCACGACCAGGAUCGGCGGGCCGAGGCCUGGGAUGCGUAUCAGACGCCGGAGGAGAUCAAGGCGGCCUUUGCGAGACGGCAGCGGGAGGACCAGCUGAGGAGAGAGCGCGCCCGGGCGCUGCAGGCCGGACAGCGCUCCGGCAUCAUUGCCGAGCUGGAAGAGCUGGGCGGCGGGGUGGUUGGCCAGCCGUCGUGGACAAACGCCGAGGGCGACCGGCUGUGGGACUACGGCGUGGAUGAGGAGGUCGAGGAGGACAUCAUGCCCUCGCGGGCAGACGACGAGAACGUGCCCCUGGCUGAGCUGAUCCGCAGGCGCAAGGUCCGGACUCGGGAGGGUGGUGAUGAUGAUGAUGGCUGAAGCCCGCCUAAAACGCUACGCUAUACCAUGGUCCCAACAUUUCAGAUCGAAACAUGACCAACAAUAGGAACAUAACCUACAACCAACACCGCACGCACACACCUACCUUUAUCAGGUGUGUGUUUGGAUCACACACAGAUCUGCCUGCCUUUGAUCAAACAAG